CCGCGAAUACCUCCUCCCUUUCCUUGGCCGUCCGAUCCAUAACCACCCCCUUUCACUCUUUCUCUCUCUCUCGUUUUCAACCCAAUUUCACAAAACCCAAUUCUUCUUCGAUCUCUCGAUUCUGGAGAAGAAGAGCAACAUCAAGCAAAAGAUCACUGCCUUCAUUGCAAGCAAUAUGAAUACAGAAGUGGUGAGCUUACAUCAAAUUCCAAUAGAACUGCCAUCUUUCUGAUGCUGAUGUUCAUUCUGAAGUUGUAAAGAAUCUAGCAGAUAUGGCAGCAUCAGCUUCAAACCAUGGCCAAAAACGACGUGACGGAAACAAAAGGAAGGAGAUAGAAGAGAUAGUUCGACACAUGUCAAAUUUGCCAAGUUAUCUUGAGAGGGGAAAACCCAUCCAAGAUCGAGCAUUGAAUUUUGGUGUUAUGGAUUGGGGGCGCUUAGAGAAAUGGCAAUAUCAUCAUCAAAAACAGGGCCUUUUCAGAAGUAACAAAUGUUCGCCAUCUAGCAGCAACUCAUCUUUGUUAUUUUCGACUGAUGGAUCAUCUCCCCAUUCUACUAGAGGUCAAAGCUCUUCACCUGCUUCUUUGAAACCUCAUCGUGUUACUCUACAAUCUAGUUUAAACAUAUCUCCAGAAGAAAUCUCCAGUCGAUUUGUGAAAUCAAGUUCAGGAAAUCUUGAUAAGUCUCAAGAUGUUAAAGAUGCUCUGCUUAAUUACUCCGGUGAGAAGAGGACUACCAACAGAUCACGAAACAAGCCAAGAGGUUGCAACAUGGAUGAUUCGUAUCCUCGAAAUCGUCAUGAAUCUAAAUCAUCGGAUGAUCUGGGAAGUUUUCAUACUGCAUCAUCAUCACCUUCUUCAAAGGGCAAGAAGAAAAUCCAAGAUGAGCUGGUAAAUGAACUGGGGAAUCUUCAAGAUCCAUCGUAUGGAACCUGUGAUGGUGCUAUGCACAAAACUGUAGUCCUUUUGCCUAGAGAUGCCCCCAGAAAGAGUCGAACAAAUGGUGAAAUGUCUAAAAACAUUCAUUCAGACCCGAAUAACGGCAUUCCAAGAUCAUUUCCAUCUGAAACUGAAGCUAUAAACAGAAAAAAGUCACAGAAUGAAGCCAUUUCUGAAAGAAAUUCUACAGAAGAGAGAGAGUCUAGUUUCUCUUCAAAUAAUUCAAAUUUUAAAACAGAUACCAUUGCAGCUAGCAAACAAAGAAGUAUAUCUCCACUUCGCCGCUUUAAUUUUAGCAUGAGCUCGAAGUCUGCAGCUCUUACAUCUGCUAACACAAUUCUGGAGUCUCCUCCAGCUUCUCGGACUCAUUCAAGCCCUUUAAGAAGGUUGUUGGACCCACUCUUCCCAUCAAAGUCCCCUGAAGAUUCAACAAUAAAAGCGAAAGUGAAGUUAGAUUUGAGAAGUUGCAAGGAAGUCAGAGUUGAUGAUUCACAUAUGACUAAGAUGAAUGAAUCAUCAUCAACAAAACAAGCCCUUUUUCAGAUAGCUGUUAAGAAUGGUCGUCCUUUUUUUACGUUUGCAGUUGAUAAUAACAUCAACAUACUUGCAGCCACAGUAAGAAGUUUGAGUGGGAAAGAUGACAGCAAUGGUUGGAUCUAUACAUUCUUCACCAUCCAUGAGGUGAAGAAAAAGAAGAGUGGUUGGUUAUCUCAGGGCACCAAAGGCACGGCCCAAGGGUAUCAUCCUAACAUAACAGCUCAAAUGAAGGUUUCAAAUCCUUCAAUUUCUAGUCGGGAGUUUGUUUUAUCCUCCGUGGACCCAAAUCGGUUGGACCACCAAGUCUUGGAUGGCCAGCCACAAGAUGAGCUGGCAGCCAUUGUUGUGCGAUUUCUAAGAGAGGCGGACGAUGAAGAGGAUCAAGAUUGUUUUAGCACAACGGUUAUUCUACCUGGUGGCCAUCAUAGUGUACCAAGCAAAGGAGAACCUUCACCGCUAAUUGACCGGUGGCGGUCUGGCGGUGUAUGCGAUUGUGGAGGUUGGGAUAUGGGCUGCAGAUUAAGAACCCUUGCUAACAAGGUGCAAUCUACUAGAUCAAAGUCACCUGAAGCUCAUAUGACCUCUAACAAAUUUGAGCUUUUCUUUCAGGGAGAGGUUCCAAAUGAGAGACCCUUCUUCAGCCUUUCUCCAUUGAAGGAAGGAAUAUUUUCGGUUGAGUACAAUUCAUCUCUAUCGCUUCUGCACGCAUUCUCGAUCUGUAUAUCAGUGAUCGAAUGCAGAAAAUCGUGUCAGCAUACGGAGCUUAAAACAUACGUUGCCAAACGAGUAGAUGACGAUGAGGCUCCUGUAACAUAUGCAUCAUUUCCACCUCUUUCCCUUGUGGAAAGGGUUUAGACCUCAAUGACAUGCAAUCAGGUCUUUUGACGACCGAUUUAGUUAAAUAACACAAGGGAAGACCCAUACGAAAACUUGCGUCCCUACCCUCGGAAAGCCGAGGAAUGUUAGCGGACUGGGUCGAUGUGGUUAUGAUUAUGAUUAUGAUUAUGAUAUAGAGUUACUGGGGUAUAUUCAUUGUGAAUGAAAUGAAAUCAGUGGGGAAUGUAAGUUAAAGCUUUAU